AAACGGAACAUGGCAGCGGGGAAGGAUGUCGAUGAAAACACACAAAAUAGAAGAGGUACAGCGUGCAGCGUGGUGAUGAAUCAUGAGGAAUCACCAGGAGGCUCUCAUGCUGGCCGACCACCAGUCAUCUUCAACCCAGAUUUCUUUGUUGAGAAGCUUCGCCACGAAAACCCAGAUGUUUUCCUAGAGUUGGUGCUCAGUAACAUCACUCGCCUUAUAGAUCUUCCUGGGACAGAGUUUGCCCAGCUCCUCGGUGAGGAGAGCCCUAAAACCCCAACGGGCGGAAACGGAGGCUUUUUCCGUUCUUUCAACUUCCUCAAACGCAAAGAUAAAGGUGUCGUGUUUGGAACCCCGCUGACAGAGAGCUGCAUUGCUCAGAUCUACCAGCUUAUUGAGUACCUCAGCAGAAACCUGCAUGUGGAGGGGCUGUUUCGGGUGCCUGGAAAUAGUGUUCGGCAGCAGGCUUUGAAGGAGCUUCUCAACAGCGGGGCUGAUGUCGACCUGGAAUCUGGAGACUUUCACCCCAAUGAUGUGGCCACACUGCUCAAGACCUUCCUGGGGGAGCUCCCAGAGCCCCUGCUGACACACAGGCACUUCCAUGCACACCUCAAGAUAGACGAUCUGGAGCUGCUGGCGGCGAGCAGCUCUCCCGCUCAGCGGACGGUGUUGCCUCUGAAGAGGGCGGCUGUUCUGAUCCCCAGCUCUCAGGAGCAGUGCCAGUCGCCAGCUCAGCAAUACACAGAAGAAGCCCUGAAAGACCUCUUCAGACACGUCCACCACAACAUGCCGGACUCCGCUAAGAAGAAGAAACUCGUCCGACAGUUAGUCAAACAGACGACCUCAGGGACGCCGACCAACGAGCAGCGCCAGGCUCCACCGGCCCCCAGCAAGAAACACCCUCGCUCCCGCUCCUUCGGUGGCCUCAUUAAGCGCAAAGCUCGCGGAGAGCAGCUGACGGCAGAGAGACGACUCCGACACAUCUCACCCGAAGCUGUCGCCAGGGCAGGUAGAAAACCCGGCAAAGAGAACGUCAUCCUGCAAGCGGUGAACAGCCCGUUAAAUGGUCCCGUGUUGGGGAAAGCAGGACUGGUAGUAAAAAACCCAGAUUUUGCUUUUCACAAGGGCAAAGGUGUGAAGGUUUCCAAGAAGGACUCCCCGUCGGCGUCCACGAUGUGUUUCUCUCCCGCUCAGGAGAUCUCGCUGUAAAACCCGACGCCUCCUUCUCACCUCAGACGGGACUCGGGCAGUAUUAAUAUUGUUUUCCCUCGUGUUUACUUCUGUGUUUUCGUCGUAGUGAGUCUAUUUUAACUCUGAUUAAUAUGCGGCGGUGCCAGCCUGAGCCAGCACAGCCAAACCGACGCCAGGAACGUGUUCAGGACAUCCAGCUGCUGAAUGGAGCUGCAGGUUUUAUUUUAGUGGCAUUAACGUCUACAGUUUUGUGAUGAAUCAUUUAAUUUCCUUUCAUUGGGUUGUUAAAAGGGACUGCAGCUGUUUCAGGCAAACUCUGCAGCAGCUGGUGUGCAAACUGCUGAUUAGAAUUCCUUUAAACUACAUUUUCUUGCCUUUUUAAACUAUACUUCUGUUGGUGAGCAUGUUUGUCCAGUUCCUUGCUGAGCUGUUGCAGCACUGAGGGAGCGAAACUUUGUUAUUUUAUUUUAAUAAUUGUUUUAUUUUGGUACGCAUGUGUGAGAUAACUGGAUGAGGAUAUAAGUGACGCCCCGUGGCACAUGAUAGUCAUCAUAAAGUGUAGCGCUAAUCACGCUGCAUGGUGCUAAAUGGUGUCUAUCGCUGAGCUCUGCCUGAAUGUGACUUCCUUUGGUUUGGCUUUGCUGGCUCUGACCCACUCGUGCCAGUAAUAACUUGUAUUUUAGCUGCUGUAUGAGGAUCUAUGACCACUAGCUAGCCGAGCUCACAGUCUGCUCUAGUGUAGGAUGUGUAUACAUGUUGUACAGUGUGUGUGUGUGUUUUCACAUGUUUAGACUUAUUGGGAGCUGCGAUGUUUGAUUGGACUUCUUGGUACUGGACUGGCUGAUGAUUUCCUGAAUCAAUCAGCAGCACACUUUGUUUUUCCAAGUAUGAAAAAUCAGGAUUAAUAACUGAUGAUCUUUAUUAGUCUCCUCGUGGGUUUUUAUCAGUUUCGGGGAUCCCUGCUUGUGAAUCUGUCAAAUAUGAAACGAUACAUUCCCAGAAUGCACCACUGGACUUGUUUCAUCUUCCUCUUUCAUCAUGAAGGCGUUAUUUGUUUUCAUUUAAACAGAAGUUGUUGGGAAGUUUGUCGAUGGCUUUAAAUGAACGUCGAAAGAUUUUUUUGCAUGAGUUUUAUUUUGGAUGGAGCGAGCAGCAGCCUGUUCAAGUCGGGUUCUUACGUCUAGAUCUGGUAUCCGAGGGGAGCAGAUGUGAGUCUAAUCACAGUAACACAAGACAGAACAACACUUUAUUUAUAUACUAUUUAGUAGCUCGUUAUGAUAAAACAUUAGAGUCAGCACAAACCAUUUCAGCUGAGUUGAUGAUUGUAUGCGAUUAAAAACAACAAAUUUACAUCAGGAAUUUAGCAACUUUUCUAGGUUUCAGAGCACCAACAUGAGAUGGCUUUCCACUGCAGGAGGUCGAUGUUUCUGGGCCCCAGACCGACCCGUGGCUGUGCAGAAUCCAGUCGCUUUGACUGCUGUGUUAACUCAGUAAACAACAACAAACAGAACUUAUUGGUUUAAUUCCGUGAGCAUGCAGGAGAUGGAGCAUUUAUUGUUUAUUGUCGCUGCUGAUGGUUCUUGAGAGGAGCAGACUGCUGCAUGUCACGGGUUUAGCGUUGAGGAACCGCUCAGCAGUUCGUCAGGGUCACUCAGACACAGAAACUUGAAAAGAGGCGGCGAUUCCAAAGGUAGUAAGUGUCCCUCAGGUUCCUGCAGUGGAAAACAGCCUCCAACACGUCUGGUCGGUGAAACAAUCACGUUGUCCUGCUCUGAUUACAAACAAAUAGUGACCGAACUGUUCUGUUUAUGUGCAGAAAUGUUACGUAAUGCUCCUUUAAACACUUGUGAUGGUGAUGAUUUGACUCGACUUGGCUGACGUCUGCUCAGUUUGUUUUGUACUGUGAGCACCAGUUACACAUUUUCAGCACCGAGUUAUAAACGGGUUAACUUCUUAACCAUUAGUUACUGAAGAUGUGGACCAACACGUGGCUCUUCUAUUUAAUCUGGAAAGUUUCCGUGAAGGGUUCUCGUUGGUGUUGGAAAUGUGCAGCUGGUGCGUUUUGUUGUGUGAAGGUGUUGUGGACGUUGUGACGAUGGGUUUGUUGGAAGUGACUGAAAUGUUGAACGUCUCUGCUGGAGGAGCUUUUCUGCUGUUGUUCUGUAUGUUGUGUUUUUCCUAAAGGUUGGACCAAAGUCUACAAACAGGCAGAACCGUUUGAACGGAGAGCCACUUUGUGUUUAAUUCAGUUUGGGGUCCAGAAGACGACAUGAGCCAUGUGAAGGCGCCACUAAUCUGAACUUUUUUUUAAACUAUCUAGUUACUGAAAUGGGAGCCGUUGCACUCCGUAUAAUGUGAAAUACUGUUUUAUAUUUGCCCCUCGGCCUUGUGGUUUUAAAUCUGCCAGUGUGAACAUUUCUACUUGCUGGGCCGAUCAAUCGUUCUGUGAGAGCAACGUGAGCACAAGUGGGUGGAAUUUUAGCUCAUUUUUGAAAAUAGUUUUUCUCCACUUGCACCUUAUGUCUUAAUGGGGAUCAGCGUUACAUUCAAACCUUCCUCUGUCUCUGUCCUGUCAUUUGUUCCAGUGUGUGUGAUGCUUUACCGUCUGGUUUACACUGUGGUAACCUGUUUGUUUUGUAUUUUAGUGUAAAAUAAGUUAACCCUGUACAGUGGAUUCAUUACCGAACUGUCUGCUUCGGAUUAAACCUUUUUUUAAAAAAA